AUGCGAACUAUUCAUUACUUAUUAUUGAUUUACUGGCUUCUCUUAUUUCCCUCUUUGAUAAUUGUCAGUGCUGUUAUAGACGCUUCGUGGUGGUCUUCAGUUGCCCAACUAAGCACAGCAAAUUUGCUAGCUGGAAGUAAUGCUCGACCAACUUGCUUAACCUUGCAAGGCCUAUCGCCAGGACAAGCUCGUAUAUGCGAAUUGUUUCGAGAUCACAUGCCUGCUGUGGGUGCUGGUGCUAAAGCUGCAAUUUCC